GGCGCCGUUUCCUGAAUUCCGUACUGGGUUUUACUGUUUUAGCAAUUUCCUUACCAUUUCAAUAAACCUCACACUCUCUUCCUGUCUGGUCCGAGACCCUGAUCCACACUUACGACUCAUGGAGCUUCUCAAUCCUCCAAUUCCAAAGACGCCUCGGAACUUUUCCAGCACCUCUUUUUUCACCUCUCCAUUUUCCUCAAACGCUUGCAGUAAGAUAAAAGCACGCAGAUUCCGCGUAUCAAAAUCUCUACAUGCGCCAUUAAUGUUAUCUACUCCCAAAGCCUUCCGGUUAUCUGCUCAUUUUGGACGCCCCACCAGCCGUCGGAACUCGCUGAGGAAGAAGCUCCUUCAAGAUCAAAAGGUUCGUCAAAAUCCCAUUCCUUUAGACUCAAGUUCUGAUUUUGAAACCCGAGAGGGUGGUUAUGACGAUGGUAAGAAUUUUCAAGAGAGUUUGAAUUAUGGUAGUCCGAGGGAGAGUAGUGUGGUUACUGGGGAAGCAAGUAGUGUUCAGAAUGUAGAAAUGAAAAGUUUUAGUGGUUCUCUAUUACUGACCAAGUUAGAGAAUUGGGUUGAACAAUAUAAAAAGGAUAUUGAAUUUUGGGGUGUGGGGUCUGGUCCAAUUUUCACAGUUUUACAAGAUUUGGAAGGGAAAGUGAAGCAGGUUACAGUUAAUGAGGAUGAGAUUUUGGAAAGAAGCGAAGACGGUAGACACGAAUUUGGAGAAUUAUCAGAAGUGAAUUACAAAACUCUGUACGCAAAAAAUUUAGCUAGAGAGAUGGAGAAGGGUGAAAAUGUGAUUCCAAGAAAUAGUUCUGUAGCAAAGUUUGUUGUUGCAGGUGAGGAGCCUAGUUUGGUCAAUGCAAUUCAAGGUGUGAUUCUUCGUCCUGAUUUUAUCCCCAAACUCUCAGUGGUUGGGAGUUUAGUACUUUGUGGCGUGGCUGUACUUUGGACUGUGAAGAAAUUAUUCAGUUUUUGGAAUAAGGAGGUGAGGAGGAAGAUAGAGUCUAGAGAGGAGAAAGAGAUGGGGAAGGGUAGUGUGGAAGUUAUUCAAGAACCUUCAAAACCACCUAAUGUGUACUUUCAGAAACCUAAGCUGGAUAAGCAAGAACUUAUGAAUAAUAUAUUGAAAGCAAGGGCUGCUAGGGAUGCAUUGGAAUUGCCCGAUUCUUCUAGCUCUCAUGCAAGCAAGUCUACGGAUUAUGAUCAUAAAAUUCAGGAAAUUAGAGUUAUGGCCAGGCAAGCCCGGGAGAUUGAGAGUAGAGAUACAUCUUUAGCUGGUAAGGAUGAAAAAGAACUCAGGACUGUGGAUGGUGGAUUGCCUAAUGAGAUGGAAGUGAUUCAAAAGGAGAAGAAUGAGGAUGUAAGUUCUCAAAAUAACCUUCUGCAUGAAAAAGCAAGACAGACUAUAGAUGAGAAUGCAGCUGUUGUCUCAACACCUAUACCUAUAUCAGAGGGUGAUGAUGUUCAAUUUCAAAAUGGGGAAGCUUCAUUAGAAAGUAGAGUUAGGCAAGCAUCUGUUACUUCAAGUGUAGAGGUUAUAGAAGACAUGCAAAGCACAACAAAAAAUUUAAAAGAUGCCGAGAGUACUUUAACAUCAAUGGUCAAGAGGAAAGUUGUCCAUUCCUCUGAUAUUACUGAUAGCAAAUCCUAUUUGGUGAAGAAUGAAUCUACCAUCGUUAAACCAAGGGUCAUACUGUCAGUGAAGGAAGCUAGGGAGUUUCUUUCAAAAAAAUUCAACAAACAUGAUCUUGAGCAAGGACCAUUAGUGAAAGCUGGUGAACAAAAUCUGUCUAACUUACAGCUGCCGUGGGAUGAAGAAGCAGGCAUAAAUUCCUGGCAGAUGCUUGAGGCAGACAACCAAGGAUUCCAAUCGGCCAUUACUAGAAGAGCAUCAGAACCUGCAUCUACCAUAGAUGCCUGUCAAAGUUCCAGUCUGAAGGAUGAGGAGCCUGUCAUUGAGGGAAAUGACAUAAAAGAUUCUAACAAAGGAUAUAGAGCAGAUGUUGGCCAAAAAUCUCCAGUUUCUAAUGAAAGUCCUGGCAACAGUGCAGAUAAAGAAUCAGAGGUGGAUAACUGGAUAGAGAAAAAUUUUCAUGAUGUUGAACCUGUACUUAAGAAGAUAGGAGAUGGUUUUAGAGAUAAUUACAUGGUUGCAAGAGAGAAAGCUGGUGAAAAUCUAAAUACAAGUACGGAGAUUUCACAGCUUGGCUUAAAUGAAGAUGACAGCGAACUAGAGUGGAUGAAAGAUGAUAGACUUAGAGAAAUUGUUUUUCAGGUUCGAGAAAAUGAGUUGGCAGGUAGAGAUCCUUUCUAUUUGAUGGAUGCUGAAGAUAAACAUGCAUUCUUCCAUGGUCUGGAGAAGAAGGUUGAGAAAGAAAAUGAGAAGCUGUCUCACCUGCAUGAAUGGCUUCAUUCAAACAUUGAAAAUCUUGAUUAUGGAGCAGAUGGCGUCAGCUUGUAUGAUCCACCAGAAAAGGUUGUACCGCGCUGGAAGGGACCUCCUUUAGAGAAAAGUCCUCAGUUUCUUGAUAAUUUCCUAGAACAACGGAAGACACUUUUUUCUGAAAAAGCUGGUGAACCAUGUCCUACAGACAAAGAUGGAGAACAAUUCCUUCAGAAACCAUUAGAAUCCUUAGAUGAUCAGAAUUUUGCCAAAUCUUCAGCAGAUACUGAUCUACUGAGGGAAUCACAUAUGAAGGAUCCAAAAUAUUCCAAGACAGUUAUAGAAGGCAGUGAUGGUUCUCUCAGACAUGGUAAGAAAUCAGGGAAGGAGUAUUGGCAGCACACAAAGAAAUGGUCCCGUGGGUUCUUGGAAUCCUACAAUGCUGAGACUGAUCCAGACAUUAAAUCCAUCAUGAAGGAUGUAGGUAAGGAUCUGGAUCGAUGGAUAACUGAAAAAGAGAUAGAGGAAGCAAAAGAUCUCAUGACCAAAAUUCCUGAAAAACAGAAAAAAUUCAUUGAAAAGACAAUCAACAAGCUUAAAAGAGAAAUGGAGUUAUUUGGACCACAAGCUGUGGUGAGCAAAUACCGUGAAUAUGCAGAGGAGAAGGAAGAAGAUUUCUUUUGGUGGUUAGAUCUUCCACAUGUACUGUGCAUUGAGUUAUACACAACUCAAAGGGAGGAACAGAGAAUAGGCUUCUAUGCAUUGGAGAUGGCAGCAGAUCUUGAAUUGGAACCAAAACCACACCAUGUGAUUGCUUUUGAGGAUGCUGGUGAUUGCAGAAAUCUCUGUUAUAUUAUUCAGGCUCACUUGGAUAUGCUUGGAAAUGGUCAUGCCUUUGUUGUUCCAAGACCACCUAAGGAUGCUUUUAGAGAAGCCAAAGCAAAUGGAUUUGGUGUAACUGUCAUCAGGAAAGGGGAGCUAAAGCUCAAUGUGGACCAAACACUGGAAGAGGUGGAGGAAGAAAUAUGUGAGAUUGGAAGCAAGAUGUACCAUGAUAAGAUUAUGCAGGAGCGGUCUGUUGAUGUAAACACAAUGAUUAAGGGUGUGUUUCAUUCUAGCAGCAAGCCAGAUAAACCCGCCAGGAGGAAAAGAUCAAAGAAGAUGCUGAAAGGGGGUACCAGGAAGCAAAGGUGAUACUUGGCUCUCAUAUCUAACUAUCUUAGCAAGAGGUGUCAUAACAAGCAAAAACGCAUCAGCAAGCAACGAUGAGGAUCAUUUUUUAAGAGUUCUAAAUGCCGCUCAAACAUUGUGGCUGUCAGCAUCAAUCUUCCUAAGUUGAUGCAAUUGCUGGUGACAAACUGCUUUUAUUCCAUCUCGUGAGUUCGACUGCAUGUGUUUCAUACCUUUGCCCUGAGAGUAUGAAGAUAAUUGGGCCUGUCCUCUCCAGCUCUGGGUACAGAUUACUCUAUACGUUUUUAUCAAACAAGUUCAAAAACAAUACUUUUUUUCCGCGGGAGGGAAUGGAAAUGACAAUAGUCGUAUAGUUUCCCACAGUUCUAUCCUAUUUACUUCCCUUCUUUUGUCUCAGUCCAAACAUGUCCUGCAUAUGGCAUGUACAAUAAGAAACCAUCAUUUGUUAUGGUAAGAACGAUAUGACAUGGGUAGGUACUCUUUCAUUAUCACAGCAGCAUUAUUUCCUGCCUCAUUAGGAUCAUUGCA